AUGGAUCGCCUGUUGGCUGAUCAUCUGGACGCCCUUAGGGCUAACGUCCAGCUGCGAAGAGACAACCUGCAGAACCUGAUCCCUUCCUUAACGGCCCACGAGAUCCGAGAGUUGCGCCAACAGCUCGACGCGGUGGACUUCCGCACCGACAUUCUUGCCCGUCUCCCCGUGGAGCUGCACUUGUUGGUGGCAGACUACGUCGAUGGCGCCGAUAUCUACAGCUUCCUCACCGUAUCCAGACGGUGGAGGAGGAUUUGGCUGCAGGACCGCAUGCGGAGACUUCUCGCCGACCGCUGGCUCCCCGGGCUUCGCCGCUAUACUGAGGAGAAGGAGCGCCUCACGGCCGAGGGACAAGACCAGCCCGCCAUCUUCUACGAUGCCGCACGCCGCCUGCACUUCAGGUCGCUAGGCAAAUUCCAAGCGAUUUUUGUACACCCCGAGUUCGAAGAAGUGGGCGACGACGGCGGCAAGGGGGCACUUGAGAGCUACUUCCCCUUGGACCCCACAUGCCGUCCCGUCAAAGGCAACGACGAGGACCCUUGGAAGGGAAUCCUCCAUGAGCCCCCCAAGCUAAAUCUAUCCGCUUGGCCAUUGGUAAAAUAUCUCUACUCCAGUGGGCGACUUGCCUGGCAAUCCCCUUUUGCGGAACCAAACAACUCUCUGGUCUUUGUCGACGACCUCAGAACCAAGCUGCGCAGGGUAUACCAGUUACCUGAUCUGACCCUUCGUGGGCCUAAUUUUCAACUACGGGCUUUUGGCGACAAACUGGUGGUGGUUUCCGUGUCUAGGACACUCUACGCAUGGCACCUCGAGACCCGGCAACUCGACAUGGUCACACUGCCGACAGCGCUAUUCAAGUGUGAAACAAAAGGCACCCGCGUUUAUAUCUACAACGAAGCCGCCAUCGAGAUAUGGGCGUGGACGUUCAAAUCGGGUCUGCGAGCUAUCGACACCACCGAGAUGCGGACGUACGUGGACUGGACCUUCUCCAAUCACAAUGCACAUAGGAGAGAGGACUACCAGAUUGGUGUCUUAUUCCAUCCGCUCGUGGAAAGCACCGUCUUCUUUGCUAUCCCCAUGGUAAAGGUCAAGGCGGUGGCUGUCUUCGAGUACAAGAAUGAGCGAUACUCCUGUCUCUUCGCAUCUCCCGUGCCGCAGACUACCUACGGUUGCCCCUACGCCUAUCGCAUACUCGAGGUUCACGUUCAUUCUGCCCCGAUAAACUCGUACGGCCUCUAUAUGAUAGCCGCCAUCCAUGUUCAGAGCCUGGAUCCUCUGUACCGUCCCCCCCCGGACAUAUCCUUGAUAUGUUUCAAUACUCUAGACUGUUCAUUCUCGUCACAAGACUAUCGGGUGCCGUCCGUUGAGCGGAAACCCGUUCUUAGUAGUACUAUUGAGUUCACGCCAGCGUGGUGGCACGGCCAGAUGACAGCCUGGGUGGAUUUAGAACAAUCUUACAGGAACGAAGACCUCAGCGAAGAAGACGCCCAUCUGGUGACAACAAGAGAACUUGGCACGUCACGUUUUAACUCGGACUCGGUGACCCGCGUUUGGAAGGGAGAACAACAGCCCAGACUCCAAAUUCGCCGCGCCGAGAUGGAGUUGGACAAGAUGGUCGAAGGGAUUUUAGGCGUGCCGUGCAGCCCUGACCUGACAGUCAAUGAUGUAGCACGUGUCAGGGGCAAGGUGGCAAGCAAGUAUUCUGCCGACCACGUGCAGUAUUGCCUCGAUAUAUCCGGUCUCGACUCGGUCCUCCAUAACGAUGUCGGGCGGGAAGUCAUCCUUGACGACGAUUUCAUCGUCUUACUCCACGCCGGCGGCUACAUUAUCUGGAGUUUCUAUACUGAUACGCCGGUGAUGUAA